AAAAGAUGGCGCCGGCGCUUAGCACGAGAGAAGAUCUCUCUCAAGUGAGGAUCAUUUUCAAGCGGUGCAGUUGCCAUGCCUUCAGUGUUAUUGUUUGGUUUUUGAAUUCCAAAACACUAGCUGGGUACUAGCAGCAGCGCCGUGUACUAUUAAUAGAUCCUCCGCCGGGCUUCUAGAGGUAAGAAUCAUUAAUGGUUUGGCUGGAGAACGCUGGAAUCAACACCGACGUUAGAAGCGAGAUUAAUUUCACCAGUUGAUCGAUCACCUUCGAAGCAGACGGCAACAAUUUUCCAAGUACAAGCAACAGUAAUGCUUUUGGCUUUUAGGUAAAUAGGUAAUCAACAUUUCACUUUACCUGCCGGAGAGGUAUAGCCAAUAGCAGAGAACGAUUCGUCAAUAUAUAAAAGAUCAAUGCAGCGUUGAAUUUCAGUUGUCUUUCAAGAUGAAGUUCAUCCUCGUUGUGCUGCUGAGUUUAUUGCCGGUGCUGUGCCGUGCGUCAACUACAGGAUUCUACAUUGAUAACGGUUUGGAUCAAACAAUUCGAGAGAAAGGUGUCACCCUCAUUGAACGGCAAGAGAUUGAACAUGAGAUUCUAGAUCUGCUUGGAUUGCCGGAUCGCCCGAACAAAGAUCACGUGCAUCCUUCGCUGAGAAAAUCGGCACCCCAGUUUUUGCUUAACAUCUACCACAAGUUUUCGGAAGAUAAAAGAAGAAAGCGGCAGAAACGGAGUGGGAAUGUAUACAGCAAAAGUUUGUUCACCAUUGCUGAUGAGCGGGCCAUAGAGGCAAGUGACGUGAUCAUGACUUUUAUGAACAAGGGCAAUCGCCACAUGCCCAAAAUCCGGCACCAUAGGUAUGGGGAACGGUUAUGGUUCGAUAUAAGCGAAUCUGGCAAGAACAACGAAACGAUGCUUUAUGCAAGUUUACGAAUGUACAAAAAUUCAACCAACGAUCAGUGGAAUGCUAUCACAAGUGGCCGUACAAUAACUGUACGUACCUCGAUCAUUAAAGAAUUUGAUUCUAAGCGGAAUGAACAUCGUUUGGAGUUUAUCGCAGAACACACUGUGCCUUACAAUUACGAGGGAUGGCUGGAAAUCAACGUUACUGAUGCUAUGGCUCGUUGGAUGACCCACACCAUUGGCAAUAAAGGCAUCUUUGUUGAUGCAUUCUAUACAGAAAGCCCUCACAAACAAGUUCGGCCACAGGACCUCGGUCUCAUUCUGUCCAAUAAAUACGGUCGCUAUCAACCGUUCCUUGUUAGUUACUGCAAAGGUCGAGAGCUGGUUAAACCAACUACCCACAACAGUCGUUCCAAACGUAGCACCGUUAAAAGUCAACCCCGUAAAAACCAGAAAAAGUCACUGAGACAGAAAAAUCCGUUCCUCGAACGCUGGGCCCAGAAAGAGAAAAAUUGCCAAAUCCACACGCUCUAUGUCAGUUUUCGUGAUCUCAAUUGGCAGGACUGGAUCAUUGCUCCGGAUGGGUUUGGAGCAUUUUUCUGUCACGGAGAAUGCAGCUUUCCUCUGAACACUCACAUGAACGCCACAAACCAUGCGCUGAUUCAAACUCUGGUGCACCUCAUUCAUCCGUCUAGCGUUCCUAAACCGUGUUGUGCUCCCACUAAGCUUAAUCCGAUCUCGGUAUUGUACCACAUCGACGACGCCAAUAUUAACUUGAAGAAGUACCGCAACAUGGUCGUCAAGAGUUGCGGUUGUUUGUGAAUCUCAAAAUACGUAACGAAGAAGAACUGUCAAGACUUAACGAAAAGUAUUAUAACUGUAUCACUUUAAAUAAUAGGUUUAGGAAAAAAUGCUUCCUCUUGAUGAUAAGUUUUUUUUUAUAGCUAUAGAUAAGUAUUGAACGUGCCUCAAAUAUACAUCAUUUUAAAUAAACGUAAGAACUGA